AUGCAGGAGGGUGUGUGGACGAGGGUCUCUCAUUCCAAGCGUGUUUUGCCGAAAUGGGACGUUUUUCCGUUCGGUGGGAGGAAUCGGAAUCCACCUCUUUUGAACAAGGUAAUCGUUUCUAUGUACGUGUCUGAGUUUCCUGAGGUGUCUUCGGCUAAAGACUUGUUCGAUUUAUUUGGGUGCAUUGGGAGUGUGGUUGAGGUUGCGAUAUCGCCUAGGAGGAAUAAGUUAGGAAAGAGGUUUGGCUUCGCCCGCUUUGUUGAUGUCGCGGAUGGUAGGAUGCUUGCCGUUCGUCUGGACAAUACUAUUAUAGGAGGGAAGAAAAUUCAUGUUAACUUACCAAGAUUCCGUAAAGGGUGGUCUGGCGGAGCAUUUAGGGGUGGAGGUUCGAAAUCUGACUUGCGAGUGAGUCAAGAUGUCAGGGCAGAAGCAGAGGUAAAGGGAGGAAAAGGGGUUGUCGAUGGCAUCUUUAGGGAAGGAUGUUCUUAUGCAGAGGCGGUAAGUAAGGCAGGGGAGAAGGUUGUUAAACCAGAGGCAUCCAUCAAAACCUUUCUUUAUCACCCGUGUGAGUUACGAAGGAAAAGACUAGCUAAAGCAUAUGUAGGUAGAGUGUGUAUUCCGGGUUGGGCGUACAAUAUUCAAAAUCAGUUUGAUAUGGAGGGAGUCUUUGCGGUUAAAGUCUUGCCGUUAGGAGGUAAUUUGUGCUUGCUAGAGGAGGUUGAGGAGGGUUUCAUUGAAGAUUUGUUGAGGGAGGGUGAAAGUUGGUGGAGGAAUUGGUUCUCGGAAAUUAAGAGAUGGGAGGAGGGUAUGGUGGACGAUAGGAGAGAUAUGUGGAUUAGACUUUACGACAUACCGGCUUUGGCUUGGCAGGCUGAAUUUUUCGUGUCUUUGGCGGAAUCGUGGGGCAGGUUCAUAUGCAUUGAUGAAAAUACGGCGAAAGGUGGUGCCUUCGAUGUCGCGAGGAUGUUGAUUAAUGUGCCCUUAUCCUUCAAGCUUCCUGAGACAAUGGUCUUAGAUUUAGGGGGGAGUUGUAUCAACAUCUUUUUUCGGGAGGAUGCUAUGGGCCAAUAUUUUGUUAAAUUUGGUACGCCGGUCUCCGCCACGUCUGGCUGUGAUUCUUUUGAGUCGGAAGGAGGGUGGGCCGAAGCUGAUUCAGUUGAUUCCCUGUUUUCUCAAGAUAGCAUUGAACAAUUUUCGAGUAACGGUGUUUUGGAGUCGAAGAAUGUGAAUGCUAUUAAUAAGGCGUGUUUACCUGGUGACGACGCUGUUAAGGAUAGUAUGCUUUCGGCCAGUGUCCCUGGUUCCAAGCUUGGGAAUGAUUCUAAUAGCCGCACGGUUGGACAGGCAUUUUUGAUGAUUCGUUGGCAUUGA